AUGAAUAUUUUAAAACUCAUUUUUAUAAUAAUAACUUACAAUGUAAAGAUUAUAAAAUCUGAAAAAGAGAUUAAGGAUCAAAUACAUCUUUUAACUUUACAGUGUGAAGAUAAAUGUAGAAGACUUAAAGUAGACAUAUUAAAAAACAUAAUGAAAAGGUUAUUAGAUGAUGAUAAUAGUAAUUUAAAAAAUAAUAAUCUUCUUUCUUAUUUUAAUUGUGAUUUAGAAACUAUUAAUUGUAAUGAUGAAAAUAAUUUUUAUACAGAGUUGUGUUUAUUUCUAAAUAAAUACAUGAAAUUAAUGAAAAUGAAUGAGUGUGAAAUCUUAGAUAAAUUGAAAAAGUUAAAAAAAGAUUGUAAUUGGAGUUUCUUAGCAAAAUUGGAUGAUUUUAUUAUAAAAUUGGUAAGAAAAAUACUCUUUGAUUACAAAUAUCCUAAAAUUAGUAUUAAAAUUAAAGAUUUAGAAUAUUUAAUUAUUGAAAGAGAAAUUAGUGAGUGUUUUAGAAUUACAUGGGAAAAUUUAAAAAUGAAUGAAUUAAUACAAAGAAUUGUAAAUUUAAAAGAAAGACUUGUAAAAUGUGAUGAAUCAAGAAAAACUAGUUCUACUUCUCAUUUAAAAAAAUACAACUUUAAGUCAAAAGUUGAUAAUAGAUUUAUAAAUUUAAAUAAAUACAAAUUAUAUUUCUUAAAUAAAAGAAAUAAAAUGACUGUAUGUAAUGAUCAAGACAGAGAAGUUUAUUUUCCUGUUUUUAUAAAGAAAAUUAAAAGACAUUUACUUUUUAAAAUUAACGAGUAUAAUAAUUUUAUCAAAGAAUUAAAUUUAACAGAUGAAAAAUCACAAUCUAGAAGAGAUCAAAUUAUAAAUUUGAUAAAAGACAACAUGAAGUUUGUAGAGUCGUUAAAAGAUGAAAAUGAUACCAGAGAAUUUAAAAGUGUUAUGUUUAAUAUUGUAGAGCGAUUAAAAAUGUUAGAAGAAGCAGAUAAAUUUAUUAAUUCUACAAAUAAUGAAUCUAAUGAUAAUUAUAGUAGUGAAAGUGAAGAUGAUAACAAUCAGUUUAUUUAA